AUGUCCCCCUGGGGCUCCCUCAGCCGCACCCUCCCCCUGUUCCCCAUCCUGCUCCUGCUGCUGCUGCAGGCCUCAGGAAGAGCCCUGAGCCGGGCCAGCCCAGGUGGGGGACCCUUAGAAGAUGUGGUCAUUGAGAGAUAUCACGUCCCCCGAGCCUGUCCUCGAGAGGUGCAGAUGGGGGACUUCAUCCGCUACCACUACAAUGGCACCUUUGAGGAUGGCAAGAAGUUUGAUUCCAGCUAUGAUCGUGGAGCGACAGUGGCAGGUGUGGUAGGUGUGGGUCGACUCAUCACUGGCAUGGACCGAGGGCUCAUGGGCAUGUGUGUCAAUGAACGAAGACGUCUCAUCGUGCCUCCCCACCUUGGCUAUGGAAGCAUCGGGGUUGCGGGGCUGAUCCCUCCUGACACCACACUAUACUUUGACGUUGUCUUGUUGGAUGUGUGGAACAAGGAAGAUUCGGUGCAAGUGAACACUCUGCUUCGGCCACUAUUUUGUCCCCGCAUGGUCCAAGACAGUGACUUUGUCCGCUAUCACUACAAUGGCACGCUGUUGGACGGAACAGCUUUUGACUCCAGCUACAGCAGGAGUAGCACUUAUGACACCUAUGUGGGCUCAGGAUGGCUUAUCAAGGGCAUGGACCAGGGCCUGCUGGGGAUGUGUCCUGGAGAGAAAAGGAAGAUUAUCAUUCCUCCCUUCCUGGCAUAUGGAGAGAAAGGUUAUGGAACUGUGAUCCCCCCUCAGGCUUCCCUCGUUUUCCAUGUCCUUCUCAUCGAUGUCCACAAUCCCAAAGACAGUGUCCAGCUAGAGACUUUGCUGCUGCCUCCAGGCUGCGGGCGGAAAGCCGUGGCAGGCGAUUUCAUGCGAUACCAUUAUAAUGGCUCCCUCAUGGAUGGCACCAUUUUUGACUCCAGCUACUCCAGAAACCACACAUACAAUACUUACAUAGGGCAGGGUUACAUCAUCCCAGGCAUGGACCAGGGUCUGCAGGGAGUGUGCAUCGGAGAGCUCCGGCGCAUCACCAUCCCUCCACACCUUGCCUAUGGAGAGAAUGGAGCGGGAGACAAGAUCCCGGGCUCUGCCGUGCUGAUCUUUGACGUCCACGUCAUCGACUUCCACAACCCAUCGGACACGGUGGAGAGCCAGACCCUCUCCAGGCCCAUCGAAGGCUGCAACGAGACCACCAAGCUGGGGGACUUCGUGCGCUAUCACUACAACUGCUCUUUGCUGGAUGGCACCAAGCUCUUCUCCUCCCAUGAUUACGGAGAGCCCCAGGAAGCCACUUUGGGGGCCAGCAAGGUGAUUGAAGGACUGAACACUGGCCUUCAGGGCAUGUGUGUGGGAGAAAAGCGACAGCUAAUCAUUCCUCCCCAUCUGGGACAUGGAGAGAAUGGAGCCCGAGGUGUUCCAGGUAGUGCUGUGCUACGAUUUGAAGUAGAGCUGGUGUCCCGAGAAGAUGGGCUGCCUGAGGGUUACUUGUUUGUGUGGCAUGGGGAUCCCCCCACUAACCUUUAUGAAAACAUGGACCUCAACAAGGAUGGAGAGAUCCCACCUGAGGAGUUCUCCACCUUUAUCAAGUCCCAGGUAGCAGAAGGCAAAGGGAAACUCAUGCCUGGGCAGGACCCCGAGAAAACCAUUGGUGACAUGUUCCAGAAUCAGGAUCGAAACCAAGAUGGCAAGAUCACUAUGGAGGAGCUCAAAUUGAAGUCUGAUGAAGACCAAGAGAGAGUUCAUGAAGAGCUCUGAGGGAUGGAGGACUAGGAGGUCUGGCCUAAAAUGCAAAAUCCACAGCUGGUGGUUGGACAGACCUCUGAUAUCAGUCCUGCUUCCUCUUUGCUAGGAAGCUUGGGGCUCAUUUGCCAACCUGUCUUAAAGGUGAUAACUGCUGCCUGGCCUUCCAACCCACACCAGAUUUAAACCCAAGGUAUAGGCCUCCAUUUUAUU